AUGGUCAUCAAUUCUGGAACAGAUUCGGUCUCCUACAAUGUCCCAGCUCCUCUGGAGGAAAAGCCCAAGACACGGCAGAUGCCCGUGACCUUGCUUUCGGGAUUCCUGGGAAGCGGCAAGACAACACUCCUCAAACACAUCCUCAAGUCCCCUGACCAUGGGUUAAGGAUUGCUGUCAUCGUCAACGACAUGAGCCAGCUGAACAUCGACGCUACCCUCAUCCAAAACCAUAAAGUCUCCCAAACCACUGAGAAGCUUAUUCGACUUCAAAACGGAUGCAUCUGCUGCACUCUGCGGGGAGACUUGCUGGCUGAACUGGCAGCUCUGACCAAGCGAAAUGAGGUUGACUAUGUCAUCAUUGAGUCGACCGGCAUUAGCGAGCCUAUGCAAGUGGCUGAGACUUUCACGUCGGAGUUCAGCUCGGCCAUGCUGGAAGCCGAAGAUCAGAUUGCGAAUGAUGAUGAGGAAGCAAAGAAGAUCCUGAAUGAAAUUGUGAACCUAGGUGGCUUGCACACAAUGGCUCGGUUAGACACUACCGUCACUGUCAUUGAUGCCUUCAACUUGCUUUCCAGCUUCGACACAGCAGAGUUCCUCUCUGACCGCUAUGGGAGGGAAGAGAUUGUCCCCGAGGAUGAGCGCACUAUAUCUGAUCUGAUGGUGGAUCAGAUUGAGUUCGCCGAUGUGUUGAUUCUCAAUAAGGUCGAGACAGUUGACCAAGCAACCCGCGAUAAGCUCAUGCAUUUGCUCAAGCUACUGAACCCAGUCGCAAAGAUCCUCGAGUCAAACUACUCUCAAAUAGACGUCCGGGAAAUCAUCAACACAAACAAAUUUGAUUUCGUCCGUGCUGCUUCUGGUCCUGGGUGGCUGCAGAGUCUGCACGAAAUGACGAUACAGACAACAGGCAAUGGCGAGCGGUUGGCACCAAAGCCAGAGACCUUGGAGUACGGUAUCAACAACUUCGUCUACACUGCCCGUCGACCCUUCCAUUCACGACGCCUCUUUGCUCUUCUUCAUGACAAGUUCAUCAUUCUCCAGAACAAUGAAGUCGAAGAAGAAGAAGGCGACGAGGAAGACGGGGAGGAAGAAGAGGAAGAAGAUGCAAUGGAUACAGACUCCGACUCCGGGUCAGUGGAAGACUUUGACCAGCCUGAUCCAGCGGUCAUUAUGAGCAAUAAGCGUAACCACCCGGCCUUUGGUCCAGUUCUCCGCUCCAAGGGCUUCUUCUGGCUCACAACCAGACCCUGGCAAUUUGGAGAAUGGAGCCAAGCAGGUGGUAUGCUGACUCUUGGAUGCGGUGGGCCUUGGUUUACUGAACUCCCCGAUGAGGCUUGGCCAGAAGACAAGGAUGUACGGGAAUCCAUCCAAAAUGAUUUCCAAGGUGCCUGGGGUGAUCGUCGCCAGGAAAUAGUGUUCAUUGGUGAAGGCAUUGACACUGUCAAGAUCACUGCUCUGCUGGAUGAGUGUCUGCUAGAUGAUAAGGAUAUGAAGAAGUGGGAGAAGGUGAUGAAGAACAAGAAAAUGAGCAGAGACGAGAAGACAGAUAAGUUAGCAAAGAUGUGGGAAGAUGGUUGGGAGGAAUGGCCUGCAUUUGAGGUCCAGGAAGAGGAAGAGGAAGAAGAAGAGCAGGAGCCGGAGCAGGGCAAGCAUCGCAUCAGCGAGUAUCUGGGUCAGAAAAAAGGGACUAAACAUGCUCAUGGACACAACCACCGGAUGGUUGCCGCAUGA